UUCCUACAGUUCCUGGAAAUUUGGAUGCUCGUUGGUGUUUUGGUGUUCAGAGUGGUAGUACAUGACCAUAAAACCUGACGGAAGAGAAUUAGGAGAGUGAAGACAUGAGUGAAUCGGAGGAGAAACAUCAAGUCAACACUGGAGAAAAAUCUUCACCUUCCUCACAUACUGAAAGUAAUUUUUUGCUGACAAGAAGUGCCCAAAAAUCUUUCACCUGCCCUCAGUGUGAAAAACGUUUCCUAUACAAACAAGGUCUUAAACUUCAUAUAAGAGUUCACACUGGAGAGAAACCAUACACAUGUGAUCAGUGUGGGAAGAGUUUCACACGAAAAGGAAACCUUAACGAUCACAUGAAAAUCCACACUGGAGAGAAGCCGUACACAUGUGAUCUAUGUGGGAAGAGUUUUUCGCUAAAACAAAACCUUAAUGUACACAUGAAAAUUCACACUGGAGAGAAGCCACACAUAUGUGUUCAGUGCGGGAAGAGCUUUGCAGGAAAAUAUUUACUAAAUGAACAUAUGAAAAUCCACACUGGCGAGAAGCCAUAUGCAUGUGAUCAGUGUGGGAAGAAUUUCAAACAUAAAACAAACUUUAACGAACACAUGAAAAUCCACACUGGAGAGAAUCUGCACACAUGUGCUCAGUGUGGGAAGAGUUACGCACGAAAAGGAGCCCUUAAUGAUCACAUGAAAAUCCACACUGGAGAGAAUCUGCACACAUGUGAUCAGUGUGGGAAGAGUUUCAGAAAAUCAGGUGUUUUUAAAGUACAUCUGCUUACUCAUUCUAGAGAAAGACUAUAUAACUGUGACCAAUGUGGUAAAACAUUUUUUAGGGCAGAUUUUCUGAAGGACCACCUGAAGGUUCAUACAAAGGAGAAGCCUUACGUAUGUUCUUUGUGUGGAAGGAGUUUUAGACAGAUGGGUGCAUUAAAAACACAUCAGAAAAGACACAGCGGUGUGAAGGAUCAUGCUUGCUCUGAGUGUGGGAAAACUUUUUUUACAGAUGAUGCACUGAAAGUGCAUCAGUCAGUUCACACUACAGAAACACCUUACAAGUGUUCACACUGUGACAAGAGAUUCAAACGGUCACAAUAUCUGAGAAUACAUGAGAGGGUCCACACUGGAGAGAAGCCGUAUCACUGCCAUUCAUGUGGGAAGACUUUCACUCAUUUUUCUUCUCUAAUCGGUCAUAAAAAAAAAUGCAUGUCUGAAAUUAACACUAGUAGUUUGAGUUCUGGUUCUGUACUCUGAGGUGCGAUGAUGUGUAGGACUGCAUCAAACAAUUGUUGAUA